AUGCCCCUCGCUUUCAAGCAUGAAAAGACCAAGAUUGAAUCAACUCCUCAUCACAAUGAGAAGGCUGGCAGAGCGGAGAGUUGCAACAGUUACAAUCCUUGCUCCACGAUCAAUGCAUAUCUUCCUAAAAAGGGGUACCCGAAAUACGAUGGCCUCAUUUGGCAAAAUCUCGGACCCUUUAUGAUCUUGCCAGUGACCGGGUCAGCUCAGGCAGAGGCAAUGUGGUUUUUUGAGUAUAUUUCGAUCAAACACCUGAAUGGAUAUCGUCCCUGCAAAUCAUGGCGUAAGACUCUCAUGUUCUUCUCCCAAACAGUGCCGUCGGUGCGGUAUGCCGCCGUUGCUCUGGCCUUGAUCCACCGAAACUACCUGUAUCGCGAUUCGAGCGACCGUAUGCGUCAACCGCAAUCUUCGAGAGACUGGCUACGGGAUAAUGCUCCCCUGUCUCACUAUAAUCGGGCCAUUCGCCUUCUUUUGGACCAGGAAAGUGGCAACAGCACCGAAGAAACAGCCGUCACGCUUUUGGUCUGCUAUCUCUUCACCUGCUUUGAUCAUCUGGCAGGCAAUUAUGUACAAGCAGUGAAGCACCUGCGCGGAGGUGUGGAGCUCUCACGCGACACCGACAAAGCUAUACUAGACAACAACAGUACCUAUGACAAUUCAGAACCCUCUGAGGUUUGCACGCUUAUCUACCAGGUCACAAGACAGAUCCGCCGUCUCGACAUGCAGGCUGUAUUAUUUCUGGUCGACUGGACUCCAGUCGACAUCCAAGAGACAUUUGUGCCCCAGUUUCCACCUGAUGGUACCUUUCCGUCCCUCGACCUAGCUGCCGACCACCUCCAGAUUGUUGUCGCUCAGGUAAUGAGACUGCGUCACACGGUGCAGCAAAUGUCUCCAAUGGACAGAAUGCCACCGACGCUUUUGUCACUUAAGGAUAUCGUACUUGGGCAGUUGGAAACGUGGCUGAGUUCCUUCAAAAACACACUGCGACAAGGCAGAUCCUAUGAGACAGGCUCUGAAACUUACCCGCUUGUAUCACUGCUGCGCCUUCAACAUACUGUCGCAUGCAUUCUUCUCAGUUGUUGCGGACCUGGCAGAGAAAUGGACUACGACAACUUCCUGCCCCAGUUCCAGCAAUGCGUGGCCUUGGCGGGCGAGUUAGCAGCGGCGCAUGAGCGGUAUCCGGAGACUUUAAGGCCUACUUUUACACCGGAGAUAGGAAUCAUCCCCUUGCUUUACAUAAUAGGGGUCAAAUGCAGGCAUCCCAUGGUCCGACGUGAGGUCUUGAGUUUCCUACGAGAGCAACCGACACAGGAGGCUGUUUGGGAUAGCAUCUCUGCUGCCAGGGUGGUUGAGCGGGUAAUUCAGAUUGAAGAGGGUGGGUUCGAGGACGGGCAAAUGAUACAGAGCAUGGAACAGAUUGCUGCGUGCCAGAGGAUUGAGGCUUUGUCUUGGGUACAUGUCGCCAGUGGACAGUCUGCGGUCAGGUUGGAUAUUUCGUAUACGUUCUGCGCGCGGGAGGGAUUGCAUAUUGAGUCUCUUCUGAUAUAA